GUGAAAUUUGGUAACCAGGAGAGGACAUAACCACCUGGUCUGCAGUCCUUGUGUGCCAUGCCGGUUCCCUUGGGACUUCUUCUCUUCUCUGCCCUUCUAACCCCAGGUGACUCACUGGAGUGUGAAACCUGCAUAGCGCUAAGCGACAGCUGCAGUGGCAAGCUGAUGAAUUGCAGUGCCAAUGAAGACACCUGUGCUGUCUCUCUUACUGAAAGCAAAGUAGAUCAGAUAUCAACUCAAAAUAUAGUGAAAGGCUGUUCAUCUACUAGGGCCUGCGGACAGGGACCAUAUUCCAUAAAUUUGGGCAAAAUGUUUACUUCCAGAGGAAUGGCUGUCUGCUGCAAGGGUGCUAACUGCUCAUCCAUUUCUGUUCCAUUGCCUCCAGUAAACAACACAGUCAAUGGGAAAAAAUGCCCAGCCUGCUAUUCUAUGUUAAGCCCAUGCUCUUCUUCAGAUGUGGCAGAAUGUACAGGAGCUGAGGACCAAUGUCUGGAUCUUAGCGUCAAAAGUGGAACGAUUAAAAUCACUAUGAAAGGUUGCACUACCAAGAGUUACUGCGAUGCUUUAUCACAAAAUGUUAAGAAUACAUUCAAGGAAGCUGCAUCUGGAAUGAUAGAUGGCAAAUGUACAGAAGCCAAUAAGGCACCUCCAUCAUCGAGAUUUCCCCUUCUGGCCUUGUCAUGGCUUCUGCUGGUGAAGAUCCUCUUGUAAUAAACCCUUUUCCAUGACUUGGCACGGAGGACGACUUUCCUUUCCAUGUCCUACUCUAGUUUCAAUUUGUUUUUUCAGAGGGGUUUGUAUCCAUAGAUAUCUUACAGACUCACAAAGAGUCAGUUCGUUUUUUAAAGAAAUGAGAAUGAAAUAGUGAUGGUCAAGACCAAGGGCAAAUGGUUCUGGAACAAAGGCCACAUUCCAACCAUGCAAAUGUCAGGAGUUUCUACACAUAGAGACACACCCUCUUCAUUCUCCAAUGAUGGAAACGAGUGUUGGAUCGAUCCAUCAACUUCUGA